AUGGCAGUUGUCUUUGUCAUUAGUAAAUUUAGUAAUAUUGCGCGAACGCAACACGCUUGCGUAGUUGCAUUGUUACUUUACGAGGAUUGUUCGACUGAAAACUGUAAAGUAAUGGAGGAUAAUACCAAUCCAAGUGAAUGGGUGCCAGCGGACACCGUCGACAUAUGCUGUAGCAGCAACGAAUGCAACACAAUGCUGUACGAAGGGAACCUCAGACAAUUGCUACGCGCUGCAAAUGGGUGUAUAGUAAUCACAGAACCUCUAGCCAAAAGGCAAAAAAUAGCCCUCAUGUCGCCUACGGCCAAAGGAAAGGGCGUUGGGAAAAAAACUAAAAUUAUAUUAAAUUGA